AUGCCCGCUCCCCAUAAUUCGCCACGUUUGCUAGAGUGCCGGCAUGUCUUUGGUGUGUGUGAAAGUGUCAAAGGUGGGAUACAGUACCUGGAUGACAACAACGUUGUCUGGGUUUCAGGUAAAAAUCUUAUUAUACUCGACACACAGUUGGGCACACAGCAGAUGGUGUCGUGCACGCCGGGGUGUAAAAAAGUAACUGCGAUGGCGUUGUCCAACAAUCGGCGUUUCUUGGCGGUCGCAGAGAGUUCCAAGCAACCAAGUAUUGUUAUUUAUGGGUGUGACAGCAAUACCACACCCAGGUUGAAGCGGAAGAAGAUACUGCAACUUCCGGAUCUUGGUUCAUCGGAGUAUGUCUCUCUGUCUUUUUCUCACGACGGUCGGAACUUGGCAUCACUUGGUGGGCAACCUGAAUGGAACCUUGUUUACUGGAGCGUCGAGAGGGGGAAGGUGAUAGCAUCCUGUGCUGUCCUUGAUGAUAGUGAGGCUGCAACCGCCGACCACGACCUGCUGAAGCAGUGUAGUAUUUGCCCAAACGAUUCUUCCAUUGUGUGUGUGUCUGGAAGUGGUAUUGUAAGAUUCUUUUCACAGCAGGGAAGCCAACUCCGGCGCACCCCCGGUGGGGUUCGGGAGUCGGUGACGAAUUACCUUGCCCAUGUGUGGAUUCCGUCUGAGAACUGGCUCAUAUUAUCAACAGAAAAUGGUGAUUUGGUUCUUAUGGAAAACAACGAGGUAAAGUAUGCACUUCCGCUUUCCCCAUCAGACGGGAUUGCUAUUACUGCGUUGGUUGCUUGUGGCAAAGGCUUUAUAUGCGGAGGGGACCUGGGUCUUAUUAGCAUUUACGAACGGGUUGACAACAAGGAGAUGUAUCGGAAGGUUCGAACGUUCAAGUUCAACAAUGACUCGAACAUUAUGGGACCUCCGGGUGAUGCAAUACCCGUGAUACUUUCCUUUACUCUGUCCCCUCCACCCGCAGAGGAGUACGUUUCAUUUCUUACUAGCACGAAGCAGCUUUAUUCACUAAACCUUCCGAAUGCCGACUUUUUUAAGAAUGAGGAUGGUGUGUUUGAGCCCAUUGGCCAACCGUUUCACUCGGCGCCAGUGAUAGGGGUAGACAUUUGUGUGCAGCGGCCACUCGCUGUCACCGCAGGGCGCGACCGCUGCGUUUUUGUGUGGAAUUUUAUCACAGGUGUUGUUGAGUUCCGCAAGCGCUUUACUUCGGACAUCUGCAGUGUUGCUUUGCACCCAUCCGGGACGCACCUUCUCGUAGGACUCGCAGAUGGUCUGCAUAUGAUGAAUUUGUACUACAACGAUGUUCGGCACCUUAAGAACAUUGGCAUAAGAUCCUGCAUGGAGUGCCGCUUUAGUAAUGGCGGCAACUUUUUUGCAGCUGCUCAUGCCACGACGGUUUAUGUGUACUUCACUCAUACUUGUGAGUUAAUAGGCCAUCUACGAGGCCACAGUGGCAAAGUAAAGAGCAUAUACUUCGUCCCACCGGAUGACACGCGGAUAAUAACCGUAGGUAUGGAUGGUGCUGUUUUUGAAUUUAGCUUGUGCGACUUCCAUAAGGUAAAUGACAACACCCUAAAAGAAAUGACAUACAACUGUGCAGUGGCGGACUUGGGAACUGUGUGGACUGCAGGUAAUGACCGCAAGUUACGCCAAUUUGAUCGCACUAAGCUGUCACAAGUUGCGGUGCACGACCUUCACAACGCCUCCAUAUUUUCUAUGGCCAUCAGCUCCAGAUUGAAGCUACUUUUUACUGGAUGUGAAGAUGGCACGGUUCGCGUCUUUAACACGUAUCUUGGUGAGAGGCUUUCGUUAAAUGACAAUGACAACGAUGUAAAUGGUAUCAUGUCGGAGCUGCACCAUGCCCACGCAGGCGUUGUUUCACGUCUUGUCCUAUCGUUCGACGACGGAUUAAUAAUAAGUACAGGUGAGGACGGCGCCGUUAUAUUUUGGGAUGUCGUCGCGCCGUAUCGGGGCCCUCAAAAAGAGGUGGAAUAUUCGAGCGAACUGUUUGUAGCACGUAAGGAUAUGGAAGCAUCUACUAAGACCGUAGUCGAGCUCACCGCUGAGGCAACUGAAUUAAAAGAGCGCAUGCGACAACAACAAAUAAUUCGUGACCGUGUGCACGAAGAGCAACUGUCGAGGUUGGAACGGGAGUUCGCAGAGAAACGAGCAGAGCGUGUUGCCCGUUUUGAAGCUCUAAAAGAAGAGAAAAAUGAACAGGCAAUUAGAUUUACGGAGUAUAUGGCUGAGAUGGAGGAUAAGGACAAGGCAUCCCUACUGCGUACCAAGGAGGAUUACGCCGCGAAGAUCCUGUUUUUACGUCGUCGCAGUGACCGCUUGCAGCAACUGAUUAGUGAGAAGCAGCAUGAGCAUGACAAGAAUAUUGUUCGCAUACGCGAGCAGGCGAGACAAAAACCAGUUGAGGAUAGGGAGAUCCAGCAGCGUACCAUAAAGGAGCUAGACGAUCGUUAUCAGCAGUUGCUGGCAGAAAAGGAAGAGGAUGAAAAGCGCACUGAUACGUUCUGCGCUAUGAUGGAGGAGGCCACUGACGUAGAGGUGAUCAAGCGGAAGGAGGGCAAUGAAAAGCGGCGCAAGGAACAAUCACACGAGCUGUUUGCUUUGCAAGGUGUAAACGACUCUUUGCUCUCGGCCGAGAACAUAGCGCGGGCAGAACUGGAGGCCACGAAAGCGGAGGUGCGAGAAAGGAUGCGGCAGCAAGCGGCACUGGAGUCACAAAUUGAAGCCGCCAAACGCGACAUUGAGGCACUCACACAGGAGUUCAGGGACCGUGGAGAAACCAUAGCCGAGAAGGAACGCCGAGUACUUGAUUUGAAGAAGAAGAACCAGGAGCUUGAGAAGUUUAAGUUUGUUCUGGAGUACAAAAUCAAAGAGCUGAAAUCUCAGAUUGAUCCCCGUGAUGAAGAAAUACGGCAAACGAAAUCUCGUCUAGCGGAGAUGGGACGAGAAGCGGACAAAUACACCCGUAGCAACGAUCACCUUGUCCUACAAAUACGCAACUUGCGGCAAAAGAAGGCUGGACAGAGUCGUGAGCUUGAGAAGCUGGCUGUUUCCAUGCGCAGCUUCGGUGAGUUCCAGUCCCGUCUGUGGACGGAGUUAUGUGAUUUGCACGACGAAACAAACCCGCGUAAGUUGAAGGAGUCGGCCAAGCAACUCUUCGACAAGUACACGUCGGGGAAGGCAAUUGGUACACUUAAAGCCCUUGCGUCGCGGUCAGCAGCCGAUGAAGUAAGGGAGUACAACCGUGAACGUGAUCACCUUGAGCGCAAUCUUGCCGGACUGAGGAAUAAGGUAAACAAGAACGCGGAGAAUAACCGUAGUGACAAGUAUCGUAUUACUGCUGAGAACGUCAUUCUUAUAAAGGAAAUCAAUGACUUGCGAAAGGAGGCCAGACUGCUGGCGGGAAAAGCCGGUGUGUGGCGAUCGGCAGGGCAGAGCAGUGUAUCUGCCUGUGAGGAGGAUGUUAUACGGGAGAUUGCCUCACAACGCGCAGAGCUAGCGCGCCUAAAUGAAAUAGCGAAGAAACUAGAGGAAGACAUUCAGACCAGGUCCGCUCAGGUGCCGCUCUCCACGAAGAAGGAGGAGUAA